AGUGGCGUCUGAGGCGCGGCCGGCGGCGGUGUGACGAGACGGGCCGCCGCUGCCACCUCACGUGUGACGUCCGGUGACGGCCUGUGACGUUCGGGUGACGCCGAGUGACGCUGGGUAUCCGUGACGGCGUGUGGCGCGGGCCGGAAGACGGUCGCGACUCCGGUCUCGGAGGCCGCCGGAGUGGGGGUAUCGGUUUCCUGUCUGAGGAGUGAUAGCGGUAGAGAGACUGGACCGCUGCAGGGCCCUCGGGCUCCAGUGGGGUACUGUGUCAGUUGGGCGGCGCGCACCUAGUGGAGGCGGACUGUGGAGAGUGACGUGGGCGGUGGGAACUGUGGAGUGUGACUGUGGAGCGGCGGGGAGCGACUGCAGCGCGGUGGUGAAUUAGGCCUGGGACAGAAGUGACUUGGGGAGACAGGAAGCGUAGACAAGAGAGACGGCUAUGAUACGACAAUAGACGGCGCUGAUAGCUGCGUCAGCAACCAGGGGCAGAGAUGUCCGCGGCUGCAGCCGGCCGGCCCAACACCACCUCAUCUGAGCCUCGCCCUCCCGCCGAAUCGACCACAGACCACUCAGCAAACAGCCUGGGAAUCUCACCAGUGGAGCCUGCGCGGACCGCUCCCGCCACCGCCGGCUCAGACUCCGCCGCCGCCGGGCCGGUGCCGGCGCCGUUCCCGGGCCUGAAGGACGCCAAGGUCGGCCGGCUGGUGCACCCGCUGGACGAGGGCAUCCUCUGCUCGUUCGUCGGCUCGUUCCUGGUGGUGGCGCUCAGCCUGACGCUGGGCAUCUGUCUGACGCUGGUACUACUGGUGCUCUACCCGCUGGCGGCGGCCGGCCGGCGCGUCAGCGUGCUCUGCGCCUCCUCACUGCGCCGCCUGCCGCUGAAGCGCCGCCUCGAAGUGAUGGCCAACCUGGUGUCGCCGCACGAUGCCCAGUGGCUGCAGAUGGUCGAGCCGGACUCGGCCGCGCCGCCGCCCGUCCACCAGGCGCUGCUCAUGUUCGACGACCAGUUCCAGCUGGAGGCGGUGCGCCGCGUGGUGGCCGCCCACCUGCAGCACCCGAGCCUGGCGCGCCUCUCGCAGCGCGUCGUCUCGUUCGCCACCGGCAGCGCCUGGCUGGCCGACGACCGGUUCUGUGUCGAGCAGCACAUCGUGUCCGGUCCACAGCUGGACGGGGAGGGCGAACUGGCCGAGUUUGUGGGCGCAGAGGCGGCGCGCGGCCUGCCGCUGGACCGGCCGCCCUGGCAGGCGGUGGCCGUGACGGUGGCCGGUCCGCCGCGCCGCACCGGCCUCCUGGUGCGGGUGCACUGUGUCGUGUCGGACGGCAUGGGUCUGCUGCGCGCCCUGUGCCACCUGCUCUCGGAGCCGGCCACCGGGCCGGUGCCGCCGCGCGCCACCUUCGGCAGCGUCACCUACUCGCUCAACUGUGUGCGCGCGCUGUUCGUGGCUCCGGUGACCGCCGCGCAGUGGCUGCUGGGCUGCCGCCCGGCCGCGGCGGGGGCGGGGGCGGCGGGCGCCUCCAGGACAGACGUGUGCCUGGGCGGCCUGAGCUGGGAGCAGGUGAGCCAGGUGAAGGAGGUCACCCACCAGUCUGUUCAGGAGAUCCUGCUGUCGGUGGUGGCCGGCGCCGUCCGCAGCGAGCUGAAACGCGCCGGACUCACCACGCCGCCCAACCUGAUGGUGGUGAUGCCGGUGGACCUGCGGCGUCACGAGGAGCUCUGCUGGCGGCUGCGGCUCUCCAACACCAGCUGCCUGUCACGGCUGCGACUACCCUGCGGCACCGAGGGCGCCGUGCCGCGCCUCUGGGCCGCGCGCCGGCUCCUCGACGACCUGAAGACGUCAGCGGACACUGCGGUCAGCCGCCUGGUGACGCGCGCGGCCUACACCCUGCUGCCGGCCGGCUGCGCGCGGCGCCUCACCCAGCGCUGCGUGCUGGCGCCGGCCGGCCUGCUGCUGGCCAACCUGGCCGGACCCGAGGCAGCCAUACGGGUGGGCGGCAGCUCGGUGACGGCGCUGUACCCUUUGAUGACGCCGCCGCCGUCCGCCUGGGCCUCUGUAAGCGUCAUCAGCUACCGAGAGGCACUGCAGGUGUCGGUGGCGUGCCGGGCACAGGUCGGAGACAACCCCGCCAGGCGGGUGCUGCUCGACAUGCGCCGGCAGCUGAAAAUUCUGUAUAACCUGCUGAAGCACCGGCGUCACAACAGGGAAAUAAAGCGGCCCCUGAUGACGAGUGACGGCACUCCGGCGGCACUCCACCCGACUGACGAGCUGCAGGAGAAGCUGAACCUGGUGCAGGAUCAGCUGCACGCGCUGCGGGCCGCCGAGUCGGCCGGCCAGCACGUGCCGCAGGGUGACGAUGGCGCCGCCGACCAGUUCCACCGGCGCGUCACCGCCCUGAAGGAAGAGUUCCGGGACCUGCUGGCCGAGCUGCAGCGGCGCAGGUCAACACCAGAUGGCAGCACCGUCGUCUACGAGCUGGAUGACCUGGACGGGGAGCUGCGCCGGGCCAAGAAGCGUCCGUCGUCGUCGCGAAAGAUGUCCACCGCCUCGUCUUCCUCGCUGUCUCGACCUCUGUCCACCGCCGAGCCGUCCAAAGUCAGCUCGUCUCGCUCGAUGAUGUCGUGCCGCUCCAUCUCGUCUCCCGGUGAGGCGCCGCGUCAACUGGUGGCGCGCGAGUCGGGCUCCACGUGCCACGAGCAGCGCCGCGUCGAGCUCAGUCCGCCGGUGGAGGUGCGCUCUUGACGGCACGUGCCGGGCGCCGCCAACGGCGUCCGAGAGGUGCAAAUCUGACCGGUCAACGGGGCACGGGGUGCAGAUCUGAUCUGACACGGCGUCCGCGAGGUGCAGCCCUGACCGGUCACCGGGGCACGGGGUGCAGAUCUGAUUGGCCUAACGGCGUGCGUUCCGCAAGGUAAAGAUCUGACCUGGAACGAGGUCACCGUGAACAUAUCUGACCUAGUAUGAGGUCACCGUGAACAGAUCGGACCGGUCACUGGAGCACGGGUGGAGAUUUGACCUGAGGAGGUGCAAAUCUGACCAGAGAAUCUGCAGAUCUGAGAGGAAAUGUGACUGCAAAUGUUUUGAUCGACAUUUAUUCCCAGCUCGGUAUGUGAGUUAUUGAUGGUCCGAAAAGAUAAGAUUGUGACCUGACUUGUCAAUGACAAGUUGCGCUCAGUGACCAAGAGCUUGAAAAGCUAAAUGUUUCGUCAUCAUCCGUGGCGACAUAUUAUAUAUUCGGCUGUACGGAAUGGACAGAUGAGUGACAAGGAUUAGAUUGUCUAUGCGUCGAGGUAAAGUGAGUACGGUGUGCUCGGUGUGACGAGAUCAAGGGCAGGCUGCGAAUGUUGCCGUUACCUGAGACAAAGACGCGAAAACUUCCAAAGAAAAAUGAUUAUUAGUGUAAGGUGUAUUUAAAUUACGUCGAAAUUGACUUACCAACGUUCAAUUUGCUAUAAGACUGGGUUGGCUUGAAACGGUGACGGUAGACAGAACCCCAGUAUCCACGAUCUUGGGUACCUAAUUGGGAACAAUUGGUGCAAUAUCGAUUGUGAUCAACAUAUCGAUGCACACUGUAAUCAUAUCGAUGUUUUCCCGUGACAGAUUGCACGUACCUACGGAUCCAUGUACAAUCGUACGAACAUACUAGCGUAUAUCAUUUACUUACGUGAACUGUUGAGUGUUGCUGUUUCGUUUAAGGUACCUACUUGAAGCGUUGAUUUAUCGUCCCGAGUGUGCUAUUCUAAGGAGCACGCCGAGCGAUUUGCUGUUGCCGCGGAGUUGGUCCGCCCCGUACCUAUACGUAACGCUGUUUGUCCCGAGCGUCUGUGCGCGCAUGCACGCAGCACGGCAUGCAUGUAGGUACGGCGGAUGUGUGGUUGUUCUUGUUGCUGUUGGCCCAAUGUUUUUGAUGCCGCUGCCAGUGUGUAACGGUAAAAUAUGCGCUUGUAUUAGGUGCAAUCAUUCUAUAUGUUCUUACGAAGUACGAACAUGUCGAUAUUUGGCGUAUGGAACGGGCUUAGAUAAGUGUCAGAGAUGUGAAUGCAAUGAGCGAGCCUAUCGUUAAAAAUGCACAACUUGCUGUGCUGCUAUCUGAGUCAUCAUGUCAGUUGCAUUGAUGCAUGGAACGAUUCCAUCUCAGUUUCGAUGUCGGAUGUCGUUUGUCAGAUGUCAGAUGUCGAUGUUUGAAUCCAGCGUUGUUUUCAUCAUUGCUAUCAUUAGGCUAUAGGA